AUGGACGUGUCCUCGGAUCAGAUAGCAGAUCCUACGUUAGCUGAAAUGGGAAAAAACUUGAAGGAAGCUAUGAAGAUGCUAGAGGACAGUCAGAGAAGAACAGAGGAGGAAGAUGGAAAAAAACUAUCAGGGGAUAUUCCAGGGCCACUCCAAGGCAGUGGACAAGAUAUGGUGAGCAUCCUCCAGUUAGUUCAGAAUCUGAUGCACGGAGAUGAAGAUGAGGAGCCGCAGAGUGCCCGAAUCCAGAAUAUUGGAGAACAAGGUCAUAUAGCUCUUUUGGGGCAUAGUCUGGGAGCUUAUAUUUCAACUCUGGACAAAGAGAGGCUGAGAAAACUUACAACUAGGAUACUUUCAGACACUACCUUAUGGCUGUGCAGAAUUUUCAGGUAUGAAAAUGGCUGUGCUUAUUUCCAUGAAGAUGAAAGAAAAGGACUUGCAAAGAUCUGUAGACUUGCCAUUCAUUCUCGUUAUGAAGACUUUGUGGUGGAUGGGUUCAAUGUGUUAUAUAACAAGAAACCUGUCAUAUAUCUUAGUGCUGCUGCUAGGCCUGGCCUGGGCCAGUAUCUUUGUAAUCAGCUUGGCUUACCCUUCCCCUGCUUGUCUCGUGUGCCCUGUAACACUAUGUUUGGAUCUCAGCAUCAGAUGGAUGUUGCCCUCCUGGAAAAACUGAUUAAAGAUGAUAUUGAUCGAGGAAAACUGCCCCUGUUGCUUGUUGCAAAUGCUGGAACUGCAGCAGUAGGACACACAGAUAAGAUUGGGCGUUUGAAAGAACUCUGUGAGCAGUAUGGCAUAUGGCUCCAUGUGGAGGGUGUGAAUCUAGCAACAUUGGCUCUGGGUUAUGUCUCCUCGUCAGUGCUGGCUGCAACCAAAUGUGAUAGCAUGACAUUGACUCCAGGCCCGUGGCUGGGUUUGCCAGCAGUUCCUGCAGUCACUCUUUAUAAACACGAUGAUCCUGCCUUGAUUUUAGUUGCCGGUCUCACAUCAAAUAAACCAGCAGACAAACUCCGUGCCCUGCCACUGUGGUUGUCUUUACAGUACUUGGGUCUUGAUGGGAUUGUGGAGAGGAUUAAGCAUGCCUGCCAACUGAGUCAACGGUUGCAAGAAAGUUUGAAGAAAGUGAAUCACAUCAAAAUUUUGGUGGAAGAUGAGCUCAGUUCUCCAGUAGUAGUGUUUAGGUUUUUCCAGGAAUUACCCGGCUCAGAUCCAGUGCUUAAAGCUGUCCCAGCACCCAACAUGGCUCCUUCAACAGUUGGCCGGGAGGGACACUCCUGUGAUGCACUGAAUCGCUGGCUGGGAGAAGAGCUGAAACAGCUGGUGCCUGCGAGUGGCCUCACAGUCAUGGAUCUGGAAGCAGAGGGAGUGUGUGUGAGGUUCAGCCCUUUGAUGACAGCGGCAGUUUUAGGAACUCGGGGAGAGGACGUGGACCAGCUGGUAGCCUGCAUAGAAGGCAAGCUGCCAGUCAUGACCUGUACACUACAGCUGCGAGAGGAGUUCAAGCAAGAAGUGACAAGAACAGCAGGCCUCUUGCACGUUGAUGACCCUAACUGGCCUGGAAUAGGGGUUGUCAGGUAUGAACAUGCUAAUGAUGAUAAGAACAGUUUGAAAUUAGAUCCAGAAGGGGAAAAAAUCCAUGCUGGACUCCUGAAAAAGUUAAACGAACUAGAAUCUGACCUUACAUUUAAAAUGGGCCCAGAGUAUAAAAGUAUGAAGAGCUGUAUUUACAUUGGCAUGGCGAGUGACGAAGUAGAUAUUUCCGAACUCGUGGAGACCAUCGCAGUCACAGCCCGAGAAAUUGAGGAAAACUCAAGGCUUCUGGAAAACAUGACAGAAGUGGUUCGGAAAGGAAUUCAGGAAGCUCAGGUUCAACUGCAGAAGGCCAAUGAGGAGCGCCUUCUGGAAGAGGGGGUGUUACGGCAGAUCCCUGUAGUAGGAUCCGUGCUGAAUUGGUUUUCUCCGGUCCAGCCUUCACAGAAGGGAAGAACUUUUAACUUAACAGCAGGCUCUCUGGAGUCCACAGAACACACGUAUGUCUACAAAGUACAAGAUACAGGAGUAACACCGCCUCAGACCCCCACAGGCACUCGAACUAAACUCAGACUUCCAGGCCAGAAGCCUUUUAAAAAGUCGCUAAGAGGCUCAGAUGCUCUAAGUGAGACAAGCUCAGUCAGUCACAUUGAAGACUUAGAAAAAAUGGAGCACCUGUCCAGUGGGCAGGAACAAGAGGCCCUGGAGGCUAACAGCCCUGAGCCACAGCCAGGGGCUCCUGCCCCUCAGGAAGCCGAGCAGACUGGAACCUUCCAGAACAUUGCCCAGGGCCCAGAAGAUGACCGCCCACAGGUAGAAGAACCGGAAAACUUAAGAUAA